AUGGCCACGCGCCACGCUGAUUCAUCAAGGCACGACCGCGCUCGCUACUCUCCGCCCCGCCGCGACCGAUCCCGCUCGCCCGUCCGCCGCGACCGCUCGCGAGAUCGCUACACCGACCGCUACCCGGCCACCGCCAGGCGCGACGACCGCCACACCGACGACCGCCACAUCGACCGGGACCGCGACCGGGACCGGGACCGGGACAGAGGGGGCCGCGACCGCAGAGACGACCGCCGGGACGACCGCCGGGACGAGCGCAGAGACGAGCGCAGAGACCGCCGCCGCUCGCGCUCGCCCCCGCCCCGCCGCGACAGGGACCGUUCACGCGACCGCCGCCAUGCCCGCGACGACCGCUACCGCCGCGACGACAGGAGCCGCGACCGCCACGACACCCGCCGCCGCUCCACCUCCCGCCGCUCCACCUCCCGCCGCCCACCCUCCUCCGCCACCACCCCCGCGCCCGACAGCAGACGCCCCGACCGCCUGACCUCCCUCUCGCGCGACGACAGGACCCACCCCGACAAGCACCAGGAAGACAAGCAGGCCGCACGUGCCGCCAAGCUCGCCGAGUGGAAGAAGCGCAACGCAGAGCGCCUGGCCAAGGACAAGGGCCCCGACUCCCCGAAUGCCGUCGCCUCGCCCACCCCCACCCCCACCGCCCCCUCGACCCCCACCGCCGCUGCUGCUGCCACGCCGCUGCCGAGUGGGUCCGCCGACGAGCCCGCAAAGCCAAAAGCACCCCUCAAGACCGCUACCGAGAAGCUCAAGCAGAAGCAGCCCGAGAAGUCGACCUUCAGGCUCGACGAGUCGGCCGCCGCUCGACCGCUCGCUGCCAAGCCCGCCGGCAAGCCAGUGACGACCAAGCCUGCCUUUGCACACGCCGCCAAGACCAACGCCAAGACCAACACCAACACCAACACCAACACCAACAUCGGCGCCUUUGGCCUCAAGCCCAAGCCCGCCCUCGACGAGGCAGCCACGACGAAAAAGGCCUUCCUCGAAGACGACACCGACACGGGCAAGCGCAAGUUCCAAGCCCUGCCAGCCUUUGCCCCCAUCGACCAUGCGGACGCCCUGCCCGACCCCGACGCCGACGACGACGACGAAACCGCCAUGGACGACAUGGGCAGCGACGACGAAGAGAACAACGCCCAGCUCCAGGCCCGGCUCGAGAAGCGCCGCGCUGACAUGGCCGCCAACCAAGACACCAGCAUGCAAGAAGCCCCCGCCGCAGAGGCCCCCGCCGCCGACGACGCCGCAGAAAGCAUGGACGUCGACGGGGCCGCUGCCGCUGCCGCUGCCGCAACCGCUGCCGCCGAGCAAGACGACGUCGACCCGCUCGACGCCUUCAUGGCCGACCUCACCGAGCCUGCCCCCAGUCGAGCACCGCCGCAGGGCACCGCCAUGUUCAACGACGACCACGAGCCCGAGCAGACGUCGGUCGAGGCCGAAGACCUCCUCGCCAUGAGCGCGGCCAAGAAGAAGAAGAAGGAAGUGCCCGUCAUCGACCACGCCAAAGUCGACUACGAGCCCUUCCGCAAGAACUUCUACACGGAGCCCUCCGAGGUCUCCGCCAUGACGGCCGAAGAAGUCGCCGAUCUGCGCCACGACAUGGACGGCAUCAAGGUCAAGCCCGACGACGUGCCCCGUCCCGUCACAAAGUGGGCCCAGAUGGGCCUGCUGCAGGCCACCAUGGACGUCUUCCAGCGCGUGCACUACGACCGACCCACUUCCAUCCAAGCCCAAGCCAUACCCAUUGCUGAAUCAGGCCGCGACCUCAUCGGCGUAGCCAAGACUGGCUCGGGCAAAACACUCGGCUUCGGCAUCCCCAUGAUUCGACACAUCCUAGACCAGCGUCCACUGAAGCCCUCCGACGGCCCCAUUGGCCUCAUCCUCGCGCCCACGCGCGAGCUGUCCCUGCAGAUUGUCAACGAGCUGAAGCCGUUCCUCAACGCCUCCGGCAUCACCAUCAAGUGCGCCUACGGUGGACAGCCCAUCUCCGAUCAGAUCGCCAUGAUCAAGCGAGGCGGCAUCCACGUCCUCUGCGCUACCCCGGGACGUCUCAUCGAUCUGCUGCAGAGCAACUCGGGUCGGGUCCUCAGCUUCAGACGCAUCACCUAUGUCAUCCUCGACGAGGCCGAUCGCAUGUUCGACAUGGGCUUUGAGCCACAGGUGAUGAAGAUCCUUGCCAACGUUCGCCCGGACCGCCAGACCAUUCUCUUCUCCGCCACCUUCCCCAAGAACAUGGCCGCCCUGGCUCGCAAAGCACUCCACAAGCCCGCCGAGGUCAUCAUCGGCGGUCGCAGCAAGGUCGCCCCCGAGAUCACGCAGAUCAUCACCCUCGUGCAGCCCUCGUACGAGAAGAAGAUUUCCAAGCUGCUCCUGCACCUCGGCCAGCUGUUCUCCGACGACGAGAACGCGCAGGUCCUCAUCUUCACGGAGAAGCAAGAGACGGCAGAAGACCUCCUCUCCAAGCUGUUCAAGGCGAAGUACUACUCGGUCAACACGAUCCACGGAGCCAAGGACCAGACAGAUCGCAACGAAGCCAUCAACGACUUCAAGCAGGGCGUCCUCUCCAUCCUGAUUGCCACAUCGGUCGCUGCUCGUGGUUUGGAUGUGCCAGGCCUGGCCAUGGUCUUCAACUUCGACUGCCCCACCCACCUCGAAGACUACGUCCACCGCUGCGGACGCACUGGUCGCGCCGGCAACAAGGGCACGGCCAUCACUCUGCUCGAGGACCCAGGGCAAGAGCGCUUCGCCGUCCACAUCAUGAAGGCACUCCGGGAGAGCGACACCCAGGUCCCCGAAGGCGUCCAGAGCAUGGCCGACACCUUCCUCGAGAAAGCAAAGGCGGGCACCGAGAAGUUCUUCGGCGGCUUCGGCGGCAAGGGUCUCGACCGCCUCGACGCCGCCCGCGCGCUCGAGAAGAAGCGCGAGAAGCGCGCCCACAAGGUCGAAGGCGAGGAGGAAUCCGACGAAGAGCCCGAGCUCCCCGCGCUCAAGAAGCCCGAAGUCGCCGGCCCGGGCAUCGUCAAGGCAACCGAAAAGGCCGCCGACAAGGCCGAGGAGGACCAGCCCGUCUGGAUGAAGCUGCUCAACUCCAAGAUCGUGGUCCAGAAGACGGAACGCCCCGAGGCCGCGGCGAGCGGCAAGCCCAUGUCGGCCAAGGAGCGCGCCCUGGCCGCCGCCAACAAGGUCGACGGCCGCCUCAGCAAAAAGGGCAUGAUCCACGCCGGCCAGCCCAUCGACAACAAGGGCCCAGACGCCGGCCUGUACCACAGCACCAUCGAGAUCAACGACUUCCCGCAAAAGGCCCGCUGGGCCGUCACGAACCGCACCAACGUCGCCAAGAUUCUCGAAAACACGGGCGUCUCCAUCACCACAAAGGGCACCUUCUACGGCCCCGGCAAAGAGCCCGGCGAGCUCGAUCUGCCCAAGCUGUACAUACUCGUCGAGGGCGACACGGAGAACGUCGUCACCCAGGCCAUGAUGGAACUCACCAGGUUGCUGCGCGAGGGCACCAUUGCCGCCGAAGACGCGAGCGCCGUCCGCGGACCCACGGGCCGCUACAACGUCGUCUGA